AUGAAUUUCCACCGACACAACCAUAAAUAUUCGGCAAUCAUCACAUCAGCUGAACGUGAUGCUCCAACAUCAUUUAUCGGUCGCAUAACAGGACGUGGUGGAUCAUCUCAAAGAUCUUCUCGUCGUUCAAGUCCAGAAGUUAGCAGUGCCAGAGUCACAAUUCAACGGCCAUCAAAAGGAGACGUGAAGGAUAUCCCAACUGAUACAACAGCAGACUUGAAGAAAACACCACCGAGAAGGGGGUCACAACCAGAUGAUUCUUGA